AUGAACUAUCAAUCUGAACAAGAUGCAGUGAAAUGGUACACAUAUGAUAGUUUUCUUUAUCGUCUUCUUAAUGAAGUUCUUCGUACUGAAACAGUUGACCAUAUUUUUAAAUUGCGUUAUUAUAUUCAAGAUCUUCAUAAUCAAUUAGCUCUCAAGCAAGCUGAUUAUUUAAAACGAUUACAAAGGGAUAAUACAUCCAUUUUAAAGUUGUAUCGCGGUCAAGUUAUGACGAGGAAUGAAUUUGAAAAUAAUUUUUGUGCUAACAAAGGAAAUCUCAUAUCAAUGAAUAACUUCUUAUCAACCACAACAGAUCGUUACGUGGCUCGAUUUUUCGCUAGCGAUGGCAAUGUUGAAAAUCUGGAAACUCAGAUAUCUGUAUUAUAUGAAAUUGAAAUUGAUACUUGGUUGCCUCACUCAGUACCAUUCGCUGAACUUGGUGAUCAGAGUUUUUUCGAACAAGAAAACGAAGUACUCUUUUCGAUGGGAGCUGUUUUUCGUAUUGAAGAAACAUGUGAAGAACAUCGUUAUUUAUGGAAAGUGAAAUUAACUUUAACUACGGAAGAAGAUGAACAAUGGAAUGUUUUAACCGAACAUUUAUCAGAAGAACAAAAAAUGGCUAAUCAAAUCAGUAGACAGACAUCAAUGUUAAAUGAAGAAAACGAAGAUAUUAAGAUCAUUCCAAUCGCUACGAAUAGAAAAAAAAGAAGUCGAAGUUUUGAUGAUCGUCAUUACUCGAAACGUGAGUUUCGUCGAUCAUGUUGGUCAGAAACUUUUCGAAUAAGAAUGAAUCGACGAUUCAACGAACAUCCUGAUUUUCAAUUAAAUCAUAAAGAGAUUUAA